AUGAACUUGGCAAGAGCCAGGCAGCUUCUCUCCACUCCGCAGCUCAGCCCCGGAAGCUCCGACCGGGAUGAGGUUGAAAUCCACAUGCUGGCAGAGGAGGAAGAUGGAGACCAGACGGAGCACAACGAGAAGGCGGAGAUGAGCCUUGAACCGCCGCUGCCGGGGCCCAGAGCAGGCACGCCUACCCGGAGGAACGCGGGGGACCGUGGCAGCCUGAGCAACUCCUCUGGGUUCGUCCACAAGUUCCGAGCGCCGCGCACAGCCGCGACCCCCGCCGCCGAUGGCCCGCAGCCUGCCAAGCCCCCAUACUCCUACAUCGCGCUCAUCACUAUGGCUAUCCUGCAGAGUCCGCACAAGCGCCUGACGCUCAGCGGCAUCUGCGCCUUCAUCAGCGGCCGCUUCCCGUACUACCGCCGCAAAUUCCCCGCCUGGCAGAACAGCAUCCGCCACAACCUGUCGCUUAACGACUGCUUCGUCAAGAUUCCUCGCGAGCCAGGCCACCCCGGCAAAGGCAACUACUGGAGCCUGGACCCCGCCUCCCAGGACAUGUUCGACAAUGGCAGCUUCCUCAGGCGCAGGAAGCGCUUCAAGCGCCACCACCCGCCCUCGGGAGGCCACCUGCACUGUCCCUUCCCUCCACCGCCUGUGCCUGCCACCCUGCACGUCUCCCACCCCAGCCUCCUGCUCCGUUACUCUUCCCCGCCGCAGCCUGGCCUCCGAGUCCAUCAAGCCGCUCCACCCGGGAGCCGCCCGUGCGCUCCGCUGCAUCCGCAUCCGCUCCGCUACCUGCUGCUUGCCGCCCCCGCCUAUGCCGAAGCGCCUAGAAAAGCCGAAGAUGCGGACCCGGCCACGUCCCGCGCCAUCCCCGUAAUGCAACCCGCACUGGGUUCCCAGCCUUGGGACGGAGCCGAGGGCUCGGGAUCUCCGCCUGGACGCGGCUGUACCUCGUUCACCAUCGAGAGUAUCAUGCAGGGGGUCAGAGGAGAAGGAACUGGGGAUGCGCAGAGUCCGCCCUCCGCUUCGUGGAGCUACUGCCACCUGCUGCAGCACCCAUCGCGCUUGCUGCACCCCCAGGCCCUUUCCCCGCUGCUGCAAGUGUCCGCCCGGACAAUGUUGCAGCAGCAGCCUCAGCAAGAGGAGCACCACUGUGCCAGGAGCUGCGCUCCUUGUAAAGGCGCACGGUUGGGCAGGCACCUGACGGCCGGCCGUUGCGGCUUUGCUGAAGCAUCAGCCUGCCACUGA